AUGGCAGCGACCAUUGGAACACUGGUGGCUUUCGACCACAACUCGCAAAGUUGGGAGGAAUACAUAGAAAUCAUACAGCAUUUCUUUGCGGCAAACGGCAUUAAUGAUGCAAACAAACAGAAGUCUGUUCUCAUUAGCGCGGUAGGCGCUGAAACAUACAGUCUGAUGCGAAAUUUAGUAAGCCCAGAUAAACCGGGAGACCGCUCAUUUGAUGAGCUGGUGAAGUUGAUGAAAGACCAUUAUAACCCACGACCCAGCGAGAUUGUGCAGCGUUUCCGAUUCAACUCCCGUGUGAGGCAACCAGAUGAGUCUGUGUCCGAGUUUGUUGCUCAACUUAGGAAGCUGGCACAGGACUAUGAAGAUGAAACAGCAGAUGCAGAGCAAGCUUUUUCAAUGUACAGUAUAAAGGACAGACAUUCAAAAGUAAAACCAAUUACAGUGGACAUGGAGGUUCAUGGAGAAAAUGUGAAAUUUGAAGUUGACACUGGAUGUAGCAUUACACUAAUGAACGAGUCAGAAUUCAAUGCAAAGUGGAAAAAUGGGAAAAAGCCCAAGAUGGGGGAAACCAGUCUGAAAUUAAAAACAUAUACAGGGGAAGACAUAAAGGUGCUGGGAGUAGCCGAUGUCAAGGUGAAUUAUCAAAACCAACGGAACAACUUGCCCCUCUACAUAGUGAGUGGCACUGGACCCAGUCUGCUGGGCCGAAGCUGGCUAGAACAGUUGAAGUUGAAUUGGGCAGAAAUUCACAACAUGAAAGUAGCUGGGGGAGAAAGGCUGACCGUGGAGCAGGUGCUGGCACAUCACGAAGAUGUAUUCAAAGAUGAGUUGGGGACGUUAAAGGGUGUCAAAGCAACCAUUAACAUUGUGCCAGGUGCUGUACCAAGAUACUUCAGGCCCAGGCAGAUCCCUUUCGCCAUGCGCCCCAAAGUGGAGGCCGAAAUAAGCCGCCUCUUAAAGGACGAGAUAAUCACACCUGUCAAACACUCAGACUGGGCGUGUCCUGUUGUACCCAUAUUAAAGCAAGAUGGGUCAAUUAGGCUGUGCGGUGAUUACAAACUCACCGUAAAUCGAGUGUCCCUUCUAGAACAGUACCCAAUCCCGAAAAUUGAAGACCUGUUCACAGCCUUGGCGGGAGGCCAGCAGUUUUCAAAAUUAGAUAUGAGCCAUGCGUACGCCCAGAUUCUGAUGGAUGAGGAUUCUAAGAAAUACCUCACAGUGAACACGCACAAGGGUCUUUUCGCAUACAACCGCCUCCCUUUCGGCGUUUCCUCCGCUCCGGCCAUUUUCCAAAGAACGAUGGAGGGCUUACUGCAGGGCAUACCAAUGGUGGCUGUGUAUUUGGAUGACAUUCUUGUCACGGGUCUAAAUGCUCAAGACCAUCUCAAGAACUUGAAUGAAGUGUUGGGACGCUUGGAGGAGGCAGGGUUGCGUCUGAAGAGGUCAAAAUGUGAGCUCCUGAAAGACGAAGUGUGUUACUUAGGACACAAGGUAAAUGAACAGGGUUUGCACCCAAUGAAGUCCAAAGUCAAAGCAAUCAGUGAGGCCCCGGCACCAUCCAAUGUCUCAGAGCUCAAAGCUUUCCUAGGCCUGCUAAAUUAUUACAAUCGAUUUCUCCCAAAUCUGUCCACACUGCUUGCCCCGAUGCACCAGCUGCUUAGGAAAGAUGAAAAAUGGGUGUGGAAAACUGAGCAAGACGAAGCGUUCCGUAAGUCCAAGGAACUCCUUCAGUCAGCUGAUGUGCUAGUUCAUUACUCUGCAGACAAGGAGCUAAUUUUGGCAUGUGAUGCAUCUCCUUACGGGGUGGGUGCUGUCUUAUCACACAGGAUGCCUGAUGGGGCAGAGAGGCCGCUUGGGUUUAUGUCAAGAACCCUCAGCUCCGCAGAGAAACGGUACUCUCAGUUAGACAAAGAGGGAUUGGCUGUUAUUUUCGGCAUUCAAAGAUUCCAUAAGUACCUAUAUGGGCGGAAGUUUACGAUCACCACUGAUCAUAAGCCUUUGAUUACACUCUUCCAUGAAAUGAAACCUGUACCCCACAUGCUUUCACCCAGAAUCCAGAGAUGGUCGGUUCUUCUCAGAGCCUACGAAUACAAGAUCAUCUACAAGCCUGGGAAAUUCCACAGCAAUGCCGAUGGGCUCAGCAGACUCCCGGUUCCAUCCAAGCAGAAAGAGGAGGAGACACCUGAGCGAGUGCUGAUGUUGGAUCAGGUGGAUGAUAUACCCAUCAAUGUGGCCCAGGUCAGAAAGUGGACGUCCAAAGAUGUCAUACUGUCCCGAGUCUAUAGUUACAUUCUGAGUGGGUGGCCACUGGUACAAGAUUCAGAGCUCAUGCCAUACUACAGCAGGCGAAUGGAGCUUAAUGCGCAAGAUGGGUGUAUCCUCUGGGGAGCGCGAACUGUGAUUCCUCCACCAGGACGAACAGCACUCUUGAAAGCUCUCCACCAGUCGCAUCCAGGCAUGUGUCGCAUGAAGGCGCUGGCCAGGUCUUACAUGUGGUGGCCGCAGAUGGACCAGGAAAUAGAGAAAAAAGUGAGUAAGUGCCAAAAAUGCCAAGAGAAUAGAAAAGCACCACCAAAUGCACCACUGCACCCAUGGGAGUGGCCGGAGAGGCCAUGGUUGCGCAUCCAUGUCGACUACGCAGGGCCAUUCUUGGGGAAAAUGUUCCUGAUAAUCGUAGACGCUCACUCCAAGUGGUUGGAGGUUUACCCCACAAAUGGCAGUACAACCCAAACAACCAUCGAGAAGUUACGCCAGUGCUUUGCAGCUCAAGGCCUUCCACAGAUACUGGUCUCCGACAAUGGCAGCUGCUUUACAAGCUCAGAAUUCUGCCAUUUCAUGGCUCAAAAUGGCAUUCAACAUAUAACAUCGGCCCCAUUCCAUCCCUCCUCAAACGGGCUGGCCGAACGGGCAGUGCAGACUUUCAAGGAGGGAAUGAAGAAAAUGGAAGGGGGCAGCAUUGAGGCACGGGUUUCCAAAUUCUUAUUUAGCUAUCGCAUUACACCACAGACCACUACUGGGCUAUCACCAGCCGAAAUGCUGAUGAACAGGAGGCUGAGGUCUGCCUUUGACCUGUUAAAACCAGACAUUAAGUCCAAGAUCGAGCACAAACAAAUGAAACAAAAGGAGAACCAUGACAAAACUGCUCGGCUGAGAAGAUUUGGGCCUGGGGAUGCUGUGUACGCCAGGAAUUAUGGCCUGGGACCAAAAUGGAUACCUGCUACUGUAGAGUCACCAACGGGCCCUGUGUCCUACACUGUCAUCCUGGGUAAUGGCCAACGCAUGAGGAGACAUGUUGACCAGGUGAGGGCUCGUCAUCCUGAGUCGUCGCUGACCGUGGAAAGGACACCAGAACUUCCAGAGGCUCGCUCACCAGACGGCGAGCCUGAAACAUCUUCAUGCCAGCCAGAGACAGCGCCGCCACCUCCUGACCAGAUGAAUCUGCAGGGUUCCACGCCCGAACGACCAGACUCGCCUGCAGCCCCUUCAGCUGAGCUGCGCCGAUCCACCAGGGAUCGGGUGUCACCUCGAUACUUGAAAGACUAUGUUAGCUAG